GACUAGAGGUGAUCACAUGAUUUUCGGGAAAAACUCUUUGUUGAUGAGAGGGGAGAUUUAUUGCGUCUCACCAACGCCUUGGACAUACCACCCCGAGGCGAGAAGGCGGCUUCACACUGAUAACAUUUUACUUGGCGAAAUGUAAGAAAGGAUUUGUGACUGAAAUUUCACCAUCGCGGAGAAGACAGACGCCGCUUGGACGGGUUUUGUGAUUUUUUUAAAUCUUGCUGUACUAAUUUGGAUAAAGAAAACUGGGAGAUUAUUUCGCCUGAUCCUUCGUAAGCAACAAAGUGUCCGAGCCUGUCCCGCUAGCCCGAUACAGAGGGGACUGUAAAACGCCUCAUCAAGACGGGAAUACGCUGUUUGUUAACUUAUUAAACUAGGGAGGAAGAUCUACUGGUCUGAAUAUGGAGACCCGACACAGAAAUGGCAAGCCACAUGGACCUGAGAAAAAAGAGAUCCAGCAUUAUGACAACCCCGGCUUUGAACUGGCGGAAGACACCGAUUCGAAUGACCUUGAGAAAAGUAACGAGGUCACGGAAACUUCUUUGCCUAGUCCUAUAUUUGUCGAAAGGGGAGAGAGUUUCAAAGCUGCCUACGGAAAAUCUGCCAAAUCAGACGCACAGCCAAGAAAACGAAAAUUGAUGCUGGUCGCCAUUUUGGUCGUUGGGGUACUUGUCGUCGUUGCUAUCAUAGGGGUUAUUGCCUUCAUGUCAUCUGGGGGAGGCAAAAAGGACGAAGCCUCGAAAUCGGCUUCAACCCAGUCUCGUACUACGCGAGAAGUUGCGGGAAGUAUGAAGGUUGUUGGAGGCGAGUAUGGCACGUAUACCAGUGACUUAGAAGAUACUGACUCACAGCGGUAUAGAGCUUAUUCCGGUGUUUUCGAGACAGAGAUUGAUAACGUCAUGAAAAACAGUGAGUUCGUGACGUCAUUCGACAGAUCGGUAGUUAAUGGUUUCAGUGAGGGUAGUGUGAAGAUUGACUUCACAUUAAUAUUCCACAAGGACAUAUCGACAUCAGAGACACCUGGUGGCGGGGGCGGGAAAUCUAUUGGUGACGUGUUCAAAGUUCUAGAAGAAGCCGUCACAACGACAGACGGGAAAACCAGCUUCGGCGUCUUCGAAAUUGAUCCGGAUAGUUUAAAGCUUCAAGAAGGAACAACGUCGGCUCCUGGUUCAGUAACCCACGAUACUUCAGUCCAGAGUCCUUCAGCCCCGGCCACCGCUCCUCCAAGCACUGCCAGCACUACAACUAACCCGCCAGUACUGACGACAGCCGGUUAUCAGUGUGAGAGCAUAGCGGAACCACUCUGCUAUGGUCUGUAUGGCUACACUACCUUCCCUAAUUUCGCUGGAAACACUCGACAGUCUGAAAUGUCCGCGUCACUUCUCGUGCAAGAUAUCAAACGGAUGAACAUAACUUGCUCACCGGAUGCCAGAUUAUACGCAUGCGCCUUACUGGCUCCUAAGUGUGGUGGCGCUGAUGUCGUCAAGAGAAUCCCGCCCUGUAGACAGCUCUGUGAAGAGGUUACCACAGAUUGCGCUGCAGAGUUACAAAGAUUUAACAUUCAACUUCCGGUCACGUGUGACCAGCUACCAGGAGGAACCGACCCCUCAGUCUGCGUUCCGCCAACUUGCAGCCCAGGCCAACUGCAUUGUGGGAACGGUGAAUGCUACGACCUGAUCGACAAAUGUGACAAUUUCAACGAUUGCAGUAAUUUUCAGGACGAGAGCCAAUGCACCAACUACGAAUGCAUCGAGGGGCAGUUUGAGUGCAGCAAUGGCAACUGCCUGCCUUUGGUUUGGGAGUGUGAUGGGAGCGACGACUGUGGCGACGCCAGUGACGAGAUUUCGUGUGACACAUGCAACCCGACACAGGUGCGCUGUGAUAACGGUCUGUGUAGGAAUAAAGCAUGGGCCUGUGACGGCGAGAACGACUGCGGCGACUUCUCGGAUGAGUACAAUUGUACUGAACAAAGCCAGUGUAGCGGCCAUCAGGUCCCUUGCAGCAAAGGCGGGUUCAGCAGGUGGCGCCUCCCAGCGAGAGAGUCGUGUAUACAGGAGGCGUGGCUAUGUGACGGCUCUGUGGACUGUAGUGACGGUUCUGACGAGGACGCUACGUUUUGUGCAGGAAGAGGCGGCACAGCAGGGGGCGGCUCACAGCUUCCCGGAAUCCAGUGCAACCCGUUGACAAUCCCAGAGUGUGCCGCCAUAUUACCGUACAACGCCACAGCGGCCGCGGCCUCCCUGCAGGAGUAUCUGGUGGUAGCCAGUAGUUGGACGGAGAUGAAGGCCCUGGCUGAACAGUGCAGUGAACAUGGUCUGUUCUUCCUCUGUAGCACCAUGGUACCGAUGUGUACGCCCACCAUGCCUACCGUGUUCCCUUGCCGCCAUAUAUGUCAAGAUUUCAAGGCGAACUGCUCGACUUUCCUCACCCGCUUCCCCCAGGUGUCGCAGACGAUGGCGUGUGAUUCGUGGCCUGUCUUGGACCAGAACAACCCUACCUGUGUACAACCAGAUGUCGCUCCGUCACUACCGCCGACAGCUCCGUCGGCCACGCCCACCUCUCAGAUGGUUACUUGUGAACAGAUCACCUUGGACUACUGCAAGGACAUGGGCUACGACACCGCCGCCUUCCCCAACUAUAUGGGACACUGGAGUCAGACGCAGGCCACAGAGACGCUGAACCUGUUCUCCCAAAUUGCUGCCAACUUCAAAUGUUACAGUCACUUCAAGGAGUUUGCGUGCGCUGUGCUAACUCCACGGUGUAAUACAACAGGUGCCCGUGUACCGCCGUGCAGACAGAUGUGCGCAGACGCUAUCUCUUCCUGCCAGUAUUACCUGAGUUAUUUGAACGUCCAGCUGCCCUUUGACUGUAACACCUUUCCUCACAGUAACGACUCUGAGAUCUGUUUCACUCACUAUCAGGUGCCGGGAGAAGAUGCAGUUUGCCCCCCAGAGAAGUUCCAGUGCAGUGCCACGGAGUGUAUUCCCAUGCACCAUCGGUGUGACGGCUUCCCCAACUGUCUGGGGGACAAAGACGAGGAAAACUGCGAAAACUUCCAGUGUGUCGAGGGCCAGUUCGCAUGCGCAGAUGGAGUGAGCUGUCGCCCAAUCAUAUUCCAGUGUGAUCUCGAGGCCGACUGUCCUGACAGAAGCGACGAGCAGAACUGCAAUGAUACCUGUAACUCUUACCAAUUCCGCUGUAUGAAUGGGAAGUGUAUUAACAAAGACUGGACGUGCGACAAAUACAACGACUGCGGUGAUAGGUCGGAUGAACUUGGCUGCGUUCCACACAACGUCACGUGUCCAGUGGAUCAUUUCAAGUGCCUCCUGGGAGGUCUGGGCAUUGCGUAUCCCAGCAGCCCUUGCAUCCCCAGGAAACUCGUGUGUGACGACACCAAACACUGCGCAGACGGCACGGACGAAAUAAACUGUCCCGAGAAAGAAACUGUGGUUGCCGCCCCUAACUGUACAAACAACAUAAUAAUCCCGGAGUGCUCCGAUGUCAUUCCGUACAAAACAACGUCCGUGACGACAGACAAGCAACGAGAACUGAUGGCGAAUGCUGACUGGCCGUCAUUCAUGAGUCACGUGAACUCCACGUGCUACCAGGGGUCGCUGUUUGCUUCCUGCGUGGCUAUGCUACCUAAGUGUGACAGUAACAAUUUUCCAGUCCCGGUUUGCAAGCAUGUAUGCGAAGAUUUUAAGAGCAAUUGCCCCGCCAUCUUUAGAGCUCUUCCAGAGUUCGGCAAACAACUGGACUGUGAGGCACUUCCAGUGUACGGCAGGGGACUAGAGUGCCUGUACGGGGAUAUGAUACCGCCAACCACUGUGACACCGACUGCCCUCCCAGGUAUGCUGUAG